AUGAGGUCGUACUAUGAAGCUUUCGGCGAGACGGCUGGUGGGUUCGAGGACUCAGUGGGCGAGUCCGAGCCGACUAGUGAAUGGGCGGCGGGAGCUCGGAAGGGCUUCCAUGGAGGCACGGGAGGUCUCUCCAGUGAUCGGGACACUGGCAGGGAGACGAGCGACGAUGAGUCAAGGUGGUGGAGUGCUUCCUCGCAAAAGCGCCGCCAGAAGUGGGACGGAUGGAAGGAGGAUGGCUCUUGGGAGGGCUCUUCUCCGGACCGCUGGGAGAGCCGAAGCUACGACGACCUCUCCGGGGGAAGCUGGAAGCCGGACGGCCGCCGAAAAGGCGGUUGGGAUGAGAACUGGUCCUGGAAGACUCCUUCGGAGUCGGGGCAGGACCGCGACUGGGCUACGUUCGGAACCAGCUCACGCCUCUUCCCCGAGAACGGCAUGGACGACGGCUUUGCGACUCACGGCGACGUGGCCACGGACGACUCCAAGGGCCAGGUGAAGGUCGUGGGCGAAGGGCGGAAGAGCACGAAAAUCAGCAACAGCUACCCGCCCGUCUUCAAGGCGAAGCCGCAGGAGAGUUAUGCCGAAUGGAAGAGGAGUGUGGAGUUUUGGAUAGGGGGUGAAGGAGACCAGCUGCCGGCCGACCUGAUCGGCCCGAGGAUGAUGGUUCAGCUGAAGGACCGGGCGGCGCAGCUGGUGAAGCACCUCACCAACCAGGAUGUGAAUGGCCCCGACGGCAAAGACAAGAUUUUUAAGACAUUGGAGCGGGCCCCGAUUAUCCGGCAGCUGGACAAGCACCGCAUUGACGAGCACAGGAGGAGGCUGUUGCAGCUGUCGAGGGCCCCGAGCGAGUCGAUGGAGUCGUACGUGACGCGGGCCAGCAUCUACCGGAGCCACUUGGCCGGCCUGGACAAUUCCCUUGAGAUGGGGGAAGCCUUUUAUGUGGGUCACCUCCUGGACCACGCGAGGCUGUCGAAGAGGGACAGAGCGAUGAUCAAGACGAAGGCCGGCACCGAGACGGACGAGGAACGGGUCACCGGGGCGAUGAUCGAUUUGGCUCUGGAGCUGGAAGGAGAAAGCGGCGUGCCGAUCGGAGCGUCGGAGCCGAAUAUUGCCCGGAAUGGGGAGGAGUGGUUGCUUCAGCGAGGUGAACGUCGCGGAAUGCCUCCGCGAGUGACGGGACAGCCUCGUGGCACUUUCGCGGCCGAGGCCUAUGGUGAGGCGAUCGAAGAGGAGGAGUCGGGGGAGGAGGCCGAGCUCUUGUCCGAGAUUCCCCCCGAGCUCGCGCACCUGGAGAACGAGGCCUUCGGUAUGCAGUACAAGGCUAAGCAACGGAUCGCGGAGGUGAAGAAGAUGCGACAGUUCUUUAAGAAACCUGACGGUGGCCCCGACAAGGACGAGCGGAAGAAGCUGAUAGCCGAGCAGAUGAAGGUUCGGCCCUGUCACACGUGUGGACAGCUGGGUCACUGGUCACGUGAAUGCCCCGCCAAUGGCAAGAAUGUGCAGGCGGUGUUGGCGACGAAGUCGUCCAAGACCUUGGCUCCCGCGAUGGCGGCCGCACCUCCUCAAAGCAGCGAGUGGGACCUUCUGGCAGCCCUCUACCAAGGAGGCCUUGUGUCGCAGCGAGGGGCUUCCGAUGAGGCGGCAUACAAGGGGUCCGUGCACAGGGUGUACUCUGUUGACUUUGAUCUGAGGGAGGUGAUGUGGUCGCUCAAGGAGUUAGCUUUCAAGGUGAUCCUCGAUUUGGGGUGUAUGAGGUCGGUGGCGGGGGUUCUCUGGGCCAACGAAGUGCUGCAACGCUGGCAUAAUGAGGGCCGUUGGUAUCGCAUUGAGAAGGAGUGUGAAGCGUUCAAGUUUGGGGGUGGCGAGGUCUUGAACAGCAAGUACCGUUUGUCCUUUGUGGGGAGCUUUGCGGGCAGGCCAGUGACCUACGGCUUCAGCAUAGUGGAGGGGAAGUGUCCACCGUUGUUUUCACGUUCGGGAUGCACGCAGCUUGGUGCGGUGAUUGACUGUGAGCGACAUGCGGUAUCAUCACGUAAGCUUGGGGUCAGGACUUAUGGCGUGGGCCGGGAGAGCGGGCACUACACUAUGAGUGUGGAUGAGUGUGACGUUGGGAGUGUCGAGCUGCCUGAGGAUUUUUCCAUGGCCCUCACCCUGGAUGCCGUGCCCGUGUCCGAUGCAGUUUUGCAAGCCAAGCCCGACUCGGACGACGACUUCAAGAAGGUGGACGCAGCGAUGCCGGACUCGAACGGCGGGGCGACACCUUUGGAAGCCACCGGGCUGACUGCGGACGAGGUGGAGAUGCUUCGGAAGAGGCGGGAGCGGCAGGCUAUGGCCAAGGCCAAAGUCGUACAGAGCAGGGCUCUAACGGGUGUGAACGCGGACUACCCGAGCCUCAGCCAUGCCUGGAGCUACGAGUUGGCCUACAACGUGACGGCGGCCUUGGCGAGCCGUAUGCGGGCCUUUCUGUGGAAGAAGGUACUAUGGCAACUUCGGGCGAAGCGAGCGAUCGAGGCCGACGGGGACAAACGAUGGAAGAAGAACCCACGCUGGCUGAGCCACCUCUUUGCCAAGGAGAUCGGAGCGGUGUGGGGCCACUUCGGGGCCAUGAGGCAGAAGAUCAACAACCCGGACGCUGGGGUUCGUGCCGGGAAGGAGGUGACAGCAGCGGUGCAUCAAGCCGUGGCGGUUGAUAGCCGUUGGCGUGUGAUGGAGCUGUUCGCUGUGGUGGGGAUUCUCACUCUAUGUGCUGGUGUUCGUCCGGGGUGGGUCGGGCUGAACCUGGAGGACUGGCUGGCUGGGCGGGACCUACGCAGUGGCACGGUGGCCAAGGAGCUCUUCGCCUAUGUGGAAAAGGAGAUGCCGGACCUCUUGGUGCUGAACCCGCCGGGCGACCUUUGGAGCUCGGCUUCUCGGUCUCGACUGGAGGAAGAAGCACUGUGGGAAGAGAGGAGACGUGACCUUCCUAUUGCUUUAAUUUAA